CCGGUGCAAGUGCGGGGUCUGCGGCCCUGCCGGCGCCCUCGGCCUCGGCCGGAGCAGUGGGGAGGCGUGGAUGAGGGGGGAGGUGAGGCGGAGCCGCCCCCCCCCAGUGUCGCCGCCUCCCCCACCCGAGGGCAGGUCGGGCGGGCAGAGCCCCCUGGGCGGGCUCGGGGUCGCUCCCCGCUGCGGCGUAGUCCUCCCCGCAGGCGACCCCUCCUCUCAGGAGACCCCUCCCCGCGGGAGACCCCUCCCCUCGGAGACCCCUCCCCGUAAGAGGCCCCUCCCCCGCGGGAGCCCGCCCCGCCCGCCCCGCUGCUCUCAGGGUCGGGGGCUCCUCCCAGAUGGGAUAAGCUGUAAAGAUGUUUAGUUUUGAAGGGGAUUUCAAAACGAGGCCCAAGGUGUCCCUCGGAGGCGCCAGUAGGAAGGAAGAAAAGGCUUCUCUUUUACAUCGUACUCAGGAAGAAAGAAGAAAGAGAGAGGAGGAAAGGCGAAGAUUGAAAAAUGCAAUAAUCAUACAGUCAUUUAUUCGAGGCUAUCGAGACCGGAAACAGCAACACUCCAUCCAGAGAAGCGCCUUUGACCGCUACGCCAGCGCCUCGCAGUCCGGUGACACUUUCUCCAUUGCCAGUGGUCCCAACCUUACCCUUUUGGUGAGGCGGCUUCUGUUUUUCUACAAACAGAACGAAGACUCAAAACGUUUGAUAUGGAUGUAUCAGAACUUAAUUAAACACAGCUCUCUGUUUGUCCAGCAGUUGGAUGGAUCUGAGAGACUUACAUGCUUAUUUCAAAUAAAGAGAUUGAUGAGCCUCUGCUGCAGGUUAUUGCAGAACUGUAAUGAUGACAGUUUGAAUGUUGCACUUCCAAUGAGAAUGCUUGAGGUGUUUUCGUCUGAGAAUACUUACUUGCCUGUUUUACGAGACGCCAGCUACGUGGUGUCCAUAAUCGAACAGAUUUUGCACUACAUGAUUCAAAAUGGGUAUUAUAGAUCUCUCUAUUUGUUAAUUAACAGCAAGCUUCCAUCAAGUAUUGAAUAUUCUGAUAUAUCUCGAGUUCCUAUAGCAAAAAUUUUGCUAGAGAAUGUUCUGAAACCAUUGCACUUUACUUACAACUCGUGUCCUGAGGGUGCAAGGCAACAAGUUUUUACAGCCUUCACCGAGGCGUUUUUGGUGGCACCUUUUACAGAUCAGAUUUUUCACUUCAUCAUUCCGGCCUUAGCAGACGCGCAGACUGUUUUCCCGUACGAGCCCUUUCUGAGUGCACUGUUGUCGCCGGAGAGCAGGUGUCCCGAGACGGGGGGAGGGGCGCCGUGGCUCUUCUUCUUUGUCCUCACUGUCGGCGAGACUUACCUGGGGACCCUCUCUGAGGAAGGACUGCUGGUGUACCUGCGGGUGCUCCAGAGCUCGCUGUCUCGGCUGCCGGCGUCGCCGGCCGGCACAAGCUGUCAGGACCCGGCCAGCGACUCGGAGGACGAGAGUGAAGAGGCGGACAAGCAGCCGAGCGCUCCGGAGGAUGGGAGGCUGUCCGUACCUUACAUAACAGAGGAGUGUCUGAAGAAGUUGGACACGAAACAGCAGACCAACACCCUGUUAAACCUGGUCUGGCGGGACUCAGCCAGCGAGGAGGCCUUCGCUCUGAUGGCGUCCAUCGGCCACACGCUUAUGGUGCAGCAUCGGAUGGCGGUGCCCAAAGUCAGGCUUCUCUACAGUUUAGCCUUUAAUGCCAGGUUUCUGAGACACCUGUGGUUUCUCAUAUCUUCUAUGGCAACACGGACGAUCACAGGGUCGAUGGUGCCACUGCUCCAGGUGAUAUCUCGGGGCUCCCCUAUGUCUUUGGAAGACUCCAAUCGAAUCAUCCCUCUCUUCUACCUGUUCAGCUCUUUGUUCAGUCACUCGCUAAUUUCCAUACAUGACAGUGAGUUCUUUGGGGACCCCAUAGAAGUUGUAGGUCAGAGACAAUCGUCAAUGAUGCCUUUUACCCUAGAAGAGCUGAUAAUGUUGUCUCGCUGCCUUCGAGAUGCAUGCCUAGGGAUCAUCAAGUUGGCUUAUCCAGAAACCAAGCCAGAAGUUCGCGAAGAGUAUAUUACAGCAUUUCAAAGUAUUGGGGUUACGACUAAUUCUGAAAUGCAACAGUGUAUACAAAUGGAACAGAAGCGAUGGAUUCAGUUAUUUAAGGUUAUCACCAGCCUUGUGAAGAUGCUGAAGUCCAGAGACACCAGAAGAAAUUUCUGUCCUCCAAGCCACUGGCUGUCAGAACAGGAAGAUAUUAAAGCAGAUAAGGUCACCCAGCUCUACGUUCCGGCUUCCAGACACGUGUGGAGGUACCGGCGGAUGGGGAGGAUUGGCCCCCUGCAGUCGAGCCUGGACGUGGGUUUGGAGUCCCCACCGCUGUCCGUCUCUGAGGAAAGACAACUCGCCAUCCUGACAGAAUUGCCAUUUGUGGUUCCAUUUGAGGAGCGAGUCAAGAUCUUUCAAAGGUUGAUUUAUGCAGAUAAGCAAGAGGUGCAAGGAGAUGGUCCGUUUCUGGAUGGAAUUAAUGUCACUAUAAGAAGAAAUUAUAUUUAUGAAGAUGCUUAUGACAAACUUUCCCCAGAAAAUGAGCCUGAUUUGAAAAAGCGGAUCCGCGUGCACCUGCUCAACGCACACGGCCUGGAUGAAGCCGGCAUUGACGGCGGUGGCAUUUUCAGAGAGUUCCUAAACGAACUGCUGAAGUCGGGGUUUAACCCCAAUCAGGGGUUCUUUAAGACUACUAACGAGGGCCUUCUGUACCCCAGCCCAGCUGCUCACAUGCUGGUGGGAGACUCCUUCGCCAGACAUUACUACUUCCUGGGCAGGAUGCUUGGAAAGGCCCUCUAUGAGAAUAUGCUGGUGGAAUUGCCCUUCGCCGGCUUCUUCCUGUCCAAAUUGCUGGGAACCAGUGCGGACGUGGACAUCCACCAUCUGGCUUCGUUAGACCCUGAAGUGUACAAGAAUCUGCUGUUUCUCAAGAGCUACGAAGGCGACGUGGAGGAGCUUGGGCUGAACUUCACGGUGGUGAACAACGACCUGGGAGAGGCGCAGGUAGUUGAACUAAAAUUUGGUGGAAAAGACAUCCCUGUCACCAGCGCCAACAGGAUCGCGUAUAUCCACCUCGUAGCGGACUACAGACUGAACCGCCAGAUCCGCCAGCACUGCCUGGCUUUCCGGCAGGGCCUGGCCAACGUGCUGAACCUGGAGUGGCUGCGGAUGUUUGACCAGCAGGAGAUUCAGGUAUUGAUUUCUGGUGCCCAAGUUCCCAUAAGUCUUGAGGACCUAAAAUCCUUUACAAACUAUUCAGGAGGCUAUUCUGCUGACCAUCCUGUGAUCAAAGUCUUUUGGAGAGUUGUGGAAGGAUUCACAGAUGAAGAGAAGCGCAAACUGCUCAAGUUUGUAACCAGCUGCUCCCGACCCCCUCUCUUGGGGUUUAAGGAGCUGUACCCCGCGUUCUGCAUUCACAACGGAGGCUCUGACCUCGAGCGGCUCCCCACGGCCAGCACCUGCAUGAACCUGCUGAAGCUGCCCGAGUUCUACGACGAGACGCUUCUGCGCAGUAAGCUUCUCUACGCUAUCGAAUGUGCUGCUGGCUUCGAGCUGAGCUGAGCGGAGGCCAGAACUGACCCUCUGCAGAGAACCGACCGGUGCCCGCAGCACAGGCAGCACCCCCCGGCCGCCGAGGGCGCUGGGGCCGGGCUCCCGCAGCUCUCCGCGUACCCCCAUCCCUCAUUCCACCCCCUCAAUUGUCUAGAUGGUCCAGUAAGUCACGGUCACUUACUUAGACGGACACUGCUUUUCAGAUAACUUAGAAUAACAAGGGUUACGUGCCAUGCGGCUACGUUAGUAAUUUGCCAACAAGAGCACAGUUUUAAGACUAGUGGCGACUCAGUGAAAUUAACCAAAGAUGAAGCUUUGGCUUUGCUGGUGGACUCGAGCCUCCCUCCGCUGGCGGGGCUCCUGGCGGGGCUCCUGGAGGGCGGCGCGUGCUCCGUCCGCAGAGACGUGGGGUCUGAGACGUGGAGACGUCACUCUCAGGGCCCGCUGCUUCUCGUGUGGCUGAAUUGUUUACAAUCCUAAUUGUUAAAACGAAAGGCAUUUUCUCUCCUGCCUUUUCCCAAAGUGGUUAGGUCUGGAAAAUACACAACGUGAUAAUAUUUUAUUUGUGCUGUUUAAGCCAUUCCCCUGCACGGGACUAGCAUGCUUGUUUCGGGGUACCGAGGACCGCACCGUGGUGGCUUGGGUACUCCCGUGUGUGGGUGUGUGCGAGGGGACGUUCAUCCCUCUUCCCUUCCUGGCUGCACGCUGUGGCGGGAGAGCUCCCGGGAGAGGGGAGGGUCUCGUCCAGGCCCCACGGCACGCGUGGCCUCUGAGAAGUGGCGACGUGGGGAGAACAGACACUGGCAUCGGAGUCACUUGAACCAAAGGGGCGGCUGCGGCUUUGCACUCAGUGUGGCCCGCUGUGGCCGGGCCAUCCGCGGCCCACCGCCCUCCUACCCCGGGGCACGCCCCCCCCCCCCCCCCCCCCCGGAUGCGUGGGGUAAUGCGCCGCCUGCGCCCUCCCCUGCGCCCUCCGCUUCUCGAAGGUGCUGCUUCUGGAGGAAGACCGGCCGGUCCCACGCGGGCCCGGGGGAGGGGCGUCGGUAACUCUCUCUUAAAAAGGCACUUUAUCGGGACCUUCCUUGUUGCUGGGUGAUUCCGGUCUCUGAAAACGGAGUGCGGAGUGCGUCAGAGCGGCCCUCCCUCCCGACCAGGGGAGUGGUGGGGGCGUGGAGGGGAGUGUGGAGGGGGGCGUGGAGGGCCCAGCAGCUACUCCCCCCCCCCCCCAGCAUUUCCUGUCACCGGGGCUGGGGGCCGUGCUGUGGAAGUGACCAGAAUUAGCAAUAUGCUUUUAAAUGCGGGGAAACUGAAUGACACUUUUAAGACAAUGACCAUAUCAAAACAAAAUGUAUAAUUUCGUAAUUUGAAUAAUAAAUUAAGUGUUUAAAUGCUAUUUGUAGUCUUGAUAUACAGAAAUAAAAUAAUUAGGGUUUGUC